UCGAAACGUUACACGAGAGAGAGUAGAACACCUCCAGCAGUAACACAAUAUAAAAAUAUAGUAUUGGGAUUCGGUAGGUUCACAUCUUCUAAUGUGUCUAGCUUUGCAACGAGUCACGUAGAAGAAAUAAUAAUAGAAUGGCGCGUGAGGACUUCGUGUGCCUUUAUGCGUUCAGAAAGCCAAAAGCAGACGCGUGGGACUCUGAUAUGUCAGUCGAUAAUUGAAAGACUUUGUGAAUGGACGUCAGGUAAUACAAAGAGAUUGACUACUCAAAUUAAUCUUUUUUGGUAUCCGGACGAACAGCCCUGGCUCGUAAGGACAACAUGCGCCUCUGACGUGCCCGCUUGUAUCGUGCCUUUUAUGAGCCCGAAUAGCACUGCAUGGCCACAUCAGCCAUUGCAUUCGGGCGAGCGGAGACUGUAUAUGUUAAAGCCCGGCUUAACGGAUAGUGUUAUCCGUUCUCAGUGA